AUGGGUUUCGGAAGUAGUGGAAGCUCGCGUUUCAGCCUACAAAACAUUCUGAAUCUCGUCCUUCGAUUUCUUCAGAUCGUGUUUGCGCUUGCAGUGGUGGGCCUCUAUGCGCAGGACCUGAACAAAGCCGAUAAGGUGGACAAGUAUAGCGACAGCAGAUGGGGUUUCGCAACUGCAGUAGCUGUGCUCAGCGCCAUCACGGCUCUCGUCUAUGCCAUCCUUCCCCUACUUAUGAGCUCUUUUACCACUGCAAUCCUCUUCGGCUGGGAUGCGAUCCUGUUCAUACUCUGGACUGCCGUAUUCGGUCUCUUCGGAUCAAUGUACAUCAAUGUGGAUCCUGGAUCUGAUGGUGGUAUUUCGAGGAUGAAGAACGCGGUUUGGAUAGAUUUGAUCAACAUGCUCCUUUGGUUCGUGAGCGCCAUAGUGGGUGGCAUCGGUUUUUGGAGGUGGAGAAAGGGCAGCCGCAGCUUGCAUACUGGAAGGGCAACGUUGUGA